AUUUUCGUAAGAAAGAAUUAGAAAAAAAAAUAGACGAAGUAGGUGUUGAGGACUAAGGUAGGCCUAAAUGGCCACCAGAUCCACUGUUGAACUGUUUGGAAUUUUAAUUAUAAUACUCACAUAUCUGUGUAAAUGGGGAAUUACCUCCAAUGCAGGAGUUGUAGACACUUGUCCUGACACUGAGGCGGCAUGGAAGAAGCGAGCUUCAAGACAGUCCACCAGCUGUGGGGGACGAAGUGUGUAUCACUGCCUCCAGGAUGAGGACGGCAAGAAGAGGGAAGUGUGCGUCGAGAAAUCCCUGCUCAAUCCAGGUUACUGCCCUCUUGUUACACAUAAAAACUUUGUGGACUGGAAUCGGUGUAACCUUACUACUCCAGGAUGUCCCAAUACAACCUAUAUCUCAGAUGAAGUCUACAAAUUUCCAUUCUGUUUUGGAGACAACACACCAUCUCCAAUAAAGCAGAAUGAGAAUGGUCAGGAUAUUGGUCCUGGGGCAGUAGCAGGGAUUGUCUUUGCUGUAUUAGUUUUACUAUUACUAAGUAUCUUUCUUCUUUUCAUCAUGUAUCGAAGGAGUAGGGGGCUUAAUUAUGUCCCUAAAGAUGUUGAAGGCCAUCCUUUGAUGCCUACAGGUAAUGAAACUUCUCGACGGGAAGUUGUAAAAGCUCACCAUGUCAUGGAGGGUAUGGCAGUGUUGAAGAAACAUGACUCACUCCUUAUAACUGGGAAGCUGGGUACUGCUGUAACCAGCACAGCAGACAGCAUCAUGAAUGAAUUUGCUCGAAAGAAUGAUGGCUGGAAAACCAAACACUGUAAAUACCAGGAACUCCCUGUCAGAUUUGAUCCAAAGACCAUCUACUUCGUGUAUGGAUGGUUUGGACUUUGGAAUGAUAACCCGUGUGAUCUACCUGCAGUCAUACUGGCAUUCAAUACUCUUACAAAUGCCCAUAAAGGAAAGAAAAACAAAUUUAUUAUAGGAAUGAGAUCUGAUGUGAACAAAAAAUAUGCUUCUGAUUUAGAACAAUUUGAGGAUAAUUUAUUACACUAUUCAAUAUCUUUGGAUACUGUGAAUUUUUUGCGAGAUAAAGGAUAUGAAGAUUAUCUUAAUGAUAAAGUGAAAGGUGUUUGUCAGGACAAGAGCUGUAAGUGCAAAAGUUUGAAGUUUGACAUGUUGACAAAAGAAAAGGAAAAUAAAAUUGGAAUUCCCCUCAAAAUGAAUAUUUUGGAAAAUCAUCAUAACUUGAUUGCAGAGUUUGUUAAAAGGAAGAAUAUAAAAGAGACACUGAAGGAGCAUUUUAAAUCUUUAAAAGACACAGAUGGAUUGUUAUACCAGUGUCUCAUGUAUGUCUGUUUGAAAGGGGAGCAUAAAAGGUCCGCAGAUUUAGAAAAAGGAAUAGUAAAAAAACUUAAAUUUGAAAUUUCAAAGAAAAGCUUUGAACAAAAUAUGCCAGCUUUGGAAAAAUACAUAAGAAUGAAGAAUUCAGAGAAACAACAGGGUAUACAACCGGAAGCAGCCACUUAUGUGUUCUGGCAUCCCUUUAUCUACAUAUGUGCAUUUCACACUUUGUUUGAAAGCAACCCUGAUGAAGUCAUGACCUGCUGCAAUAUGGAUGCCAUACUACAGCUUGUACGACCUGAAUCAACAGAUUCUCACAAGAAGGACUAUUUUAUUGUCCUUGCAGACCAGGAAAGGGUCAAAUUAUUCCAGAAACGAGUCAAAGAUGAUGGAAUGGGAGAAGCAUUAGCUGGGCAUCCUUUACUUAAAUUCAAGGUCGACGGAAGUCCAGGAGAAUCUUGAAUUCUUCUUCCAAACUUUUUACCUAAAAAUCUGCCUACAUGUUAAUGUGUGAUGAACAAUAUGCAUGAUGCAUCAUUUUAAUAAUUUUAAUAAUUUAAGACCAUGCAUGUUGCAAGUGGUAGUGAAAAAAUGCAUCAAUUCCUUAUAUACAGUAUAUACCUGUAAUUAUUUAAUGUAAAAGUUAAUUGCUUUAAAUAUUAGUAGCCUUUUUUUAAAAAAAAUAUACUAGAUUAAUUAGUACAAGAUAUAAUUUAAAAAGAGAAAUGAGUUUUGUGUUCAAAUUUCUUGUAUGAAAUCAUUGAAAAAUUGAUGUGCUUAUUGAAGUUAAGCGAGAAACAUUCACCAAAUCCCUUUAAAAAAAAAUAACAUGCAGUAUUAUCUUAUUUUUUCUCCUAAUUUUAUGACAUAUUUGUGUAAUGUAAAUGUUGUGGCUAUAUUUUUUCUGAUAUUAAAUAUUGAAAACCAGCUUUUUUUUUUUAAAGAUAGAAAUGUCAUUGUUUCAAUGAAUAAGGUUUAAUAUUUUUUUACUGCACAAAUUAGAUGUUUACAAAUUUACAAUGUAGGUAUAGGGUUUGGGUGUGGUUACCCAUAUAUUUUUUUAAAAAAAUGCAUUAAAUCCGAGGGUGAAAAACUGUUCCCCAGGGUUACUGGCAGAAAAAGCAUACAAGUAUGAUGAGCAAUUUGCCACAGCAGUGAUCUUUAACCACUGGGUCAGGUUCAAUGAAAAACUGAAAUUCUUCUUUAGGUUAUGUUUGUAACAGAAACUUGAGCUGGUUGGGGGGAAAUUUCUUUUAAAGCAAAACUUUCUUUUACUUAGAUCUAUGGGGAAAUGUUAAUUAACUCGGUUGUCCACCAUGCUUCAUGUCAUUAGGCAUUUCUGUUCUCAUUUACAUACUGAAGCAGGUUGUUUUAGAACAAGUCCAUGUCCUUUUUCAGACUAGCCCCAUAUUUAACAGUUUAAUUGUGCAGGGCAUUAUAAGAAUUUUUCUUGCACUUUUUUUUUUAUUUUGUGAAUCUUUACAAGGCGUUUUUUUUAAUUUGCUUUAAAAGUUUACAUGAAGAAAUAAAAAUUUGACAUUUGACUGAAAGCAUUAUUUAAUCUUGCAUCCAUUUUGCAAUUGUAUGCAUUGAAUAUAGUCAGCAUAUUUUAUAUUGUAAGUAAUACAUGUGUGAAAUUUGCUAUAUUGCAUGUAAUAAAAAUUUUAAAGCAAUUUCUGAGUUUUGCAUUAAUUGUAUUUGAAUUACCGGUAAGUUAAACAAAACAUGACAUGAAACAAGAAAAACAUAGCAAAACAUAUUCAACAUUUUAUAUUUCUUUACAUUUCCUGUACUGUAUCACUAUUUAGAGGAUUUUCUUCUCAUUUUCCUCCAUAAGUGGAUUGGAUAAGCCACAAUAUUGUUAAUAAUGGCAGAUGCAGUCCAUGUUUUCUUCUGUUGUUGAA